AUGGACGACGACGACGAUAAGCCGGAUCGCCAGGUGGAGAGCAUUCGUCUGGAGCUGAAUGAGGAGGUGAUGGAUAAGGAUGAGCAGAAGAAUGUGUGGGUUGCUCAGCGAAUGUUGGGAAAAGGUGCAUUCGGUACCGUCUAUCACGUCUACAACAAGAGCACCAAGCAGGAGGCGGCACUCAAGAUCGAACGCAUGACUGCCGGCGACAAUCUUCUGAAAAUCGAGCGAGAAAUCAUGGAAGCGAUGCAAUCGGAGAAGACGGCGAUUCACAUCUUCGACAACGGCAUCUACAACAACUACCGUUUCAUUGUGAUGACUCUGUGUGGGCCCGAUUUGCAGAAGAUUGCUGAGCUGAUGAACAACAAGUUCUCCGACGAGACGGUAAUUCGAGUGUCGAUUCGAACUCUGCUGGCGAUUAAGACUAUGCAUGAGUUCGAAUACGUGCAUAGGGAUCUGAAGCCGUGUAACUUUGCCGUCGACUAUAAUCCAAACGCGUUGCACAUCUAUCUGUUUGAUUAUGGAAUGGCGAGAAGAUAUGCAAGACACUUCAACAACAAGUGGUAUCUGCGUCGCCCGAGAGAGAGUGCUCAAUUCCGUGGCACCAAUCGUUACUGCUCGCUGAACAUGCACAAGCGAAAGGAGUUGGGUCGUGUCGACGACGUCUGGUCUUGGUUCUUCAUGAUGAUGGAAAUGCAUCGUGAGCUUCCAUGGCACAACUUGAUGAAUGUCGAGGCGAUUGAGGCGAGGAAAGAGGAGCAACUCCACAAAGUGGUGUCCACCGAUCCAUUCUAUUCGUCGUUCCUCCCCAUCUACGCAAUGCUCAGUGGCUACGAGUAUGCGGACCGUCCGGAUUAUGCCGGCAUCUUUGAGAUUCUGCUCAGAAAACUGAGAGAGAUCAACGGGAAGCUGUCGGGUCCGAUGGAGUAUGAUGCGGCUCGGAUCAAUGAAGCUGUUGCCAAGUUGGGAGAGAAUGGAAGACCAAAAGUGGUGUCAAAAAUGGAGGAUGAGAUGUCUCACCUGAACUUCUUGAAGACAGCCUUCUACAAAGUGGUGAUUCCCGGUGGCAAUCAAUACGUCAUCCCCGAGAUGGUCGACUUUUUCGGCAACUUGGAGCCGAAAAAGGCGAAGGAGGAGAAGACGGAUGAGCACAAGAAGCAACAUCGUCAGCAGCACCGCGCAAUGGUUCCAGUCGUCAACAAGAUGACACACAACCCUCACAAUAAGAAGAAGCAGCAACAGCAAAGUUCGGGAGAUGGGAACACAAACCGGAAAUCGGUGACAAUUGGAAGCAAAUCGAAGACCAACAUCUCACGGUCGAAAGUGGCGAAAAGACACCACUAG